UCCACAUCCCUACUACAAAGCAAUAUUUUCCGCAUGCGACCAAAAACCAAAUAAUAUAAUGCUAACUGUGGAAUUGUAACUGCGAAGUUGAUACGAAUUGGAUUGUCCUCCAGACGCUUAAGGAUCACCAUCUGGCUCCUAGAACGCCGACUGUCGGAAAAGCCUAAUCCGCAGCAGGAACUUGCACUAUAAGUCUUUUCGCCUUGAGCUCGCAAGUUGCCAAUUGUUUGUCGGCUCCAGUGCAAAAGUCGCAGAAAACCAACGGGUACCAUUGCUUGUAGUGUUUAAAUAUAAGCAAGCGGACAAACCCAGACCGGUGCAACUGAAGCAGGGCAGGAUCAGGCGAGUAGGAGCGGAGUGGAGAGCCUGCGGGCAACCGGGGCCCAAAGCUAUGAGCGCAGCCAAGAAGCACAAGCCCAUGGAAACAACUGAGCUGCACGAGAACACCGAGAACAUAGCCGCUUGCUUGAAGAAGGCCGAGAACGUCGCCCCCACCGCCGCUGCCGCCUCUAGCCUAGGUCGUAGUGCUUUCGCUGCCCAAAACAUGAACUCCGCGUCAACCAACGGCGAGCGCCUGCCAAACUUCUCCAAGCUAGGUGGAAGCCAUGGCGAGAUUCGCACGGCCUCAACUACCUCAAACCUCCUCAACCGCAUGGGGGCCAUUCACAAUAGCAAGCCUGGCGAUGUCAAGAAGAUAGUGAUUAAGAACUUAAAGGCUAUGCCCACACUGCCCGAUAACUAUUCCAAGGACACACAUGGAAAGCUGGAGGAGGCCGUUCUCGCCAUCCAACUCUCGAAGCCAAUCAAAUAUUCGCUGGAAGAGCUCUACCAGGCGGUGGUCAAUAUGUGCACCCACAAGAUGGAUGCACAGUUGUACUUGAAGCUUAAGGAGCUAACCGAGCUGCACGUAAAGCGUAAUAUAAAGCUCAAGGAGCUGACUGGCGGCAGCAUGGACAAACUAAUCCUGCUGGAAAAGAUCAACCACUGGUGGCUUUCGUUCUGCCAGCAGAUGAUCAUGAUUCGCAGCAUAUUCCUGUACAUGGACCGAACCUAUGUUCUGCAAAACUCGUCCAUUCACUCGAUUUGGGACAUGGGGCUGGACCUUUUUCGUAUACAUUUUGCUCAGAACAGCGUCGUCCAAAAGCGAACCGUCGACGGGUUAUUAACGCUGAUCGAAAAGGAACGCCAGGGCUCCACCGUGGACCGAGGGCUGCUGAAGAGUUUGGUCCGCAUGCUGUGCGACCUUCAAAUCUAUACCAGCUCUUUUGAGGAAAAGUUCCUCGACGCAACAAACCAAUUGUAUAAGGCUGAAAGUCAACGUAAGAUGCAGGAACUGGAGGUGCCAGAGUACUUACAGCACGUAAACAAGCGUCUGGCCGAAGAGAACGAACGCUUGCGGCAUUAUCUGGACUCCAGCACAAAACAUCCGCUGAUAUACAAUGUGGAAAAGGAGCUACUUGCGGAACACCUAACGGCAAUAUUGCAGAAGGGUUUGGAUUCAUUGUUGGAAGACAACAGGCUGAGCGACCUUACGUUGCUGUACGGGCUGCUGAGCCGGGUCAAAAAUGGAACUUCUGAACUGUGCGGAAACUUCAACGGCUAUAUUAAGAAAAAGGGACGCACCAUUGUCAUUGAUCCAGAAAAGGAUAAGAGCAUGGUCCAAGAUUUGCUGGAUUUCAAGGAUAAGAUGGAUGUGAUUGUUCGCACCUGUUUUGAACACAAUGAGAAGUUCACCAACUCUUUGCGCGAGGCCUUUGAGUUCUUUAUCAAUCAGCGCGCCAACAAGCCGGCCGAGCUCAUCGCUAAGUAUGUAGACAUGAAACUACGAUCUGGCAACAAGGGAACCACCGAUGAGGAGUUGGAGAAGACUUUGGACAAAAUCAUGGUUCUGUUUCGUUUCAUACACGGCAAGGAUGUCUUUGAAGCGUUUUACAAAAAGGAUUUAGCCAAACGACUGCUAGUGGGCAAAUCGGCAUCGGUGGACUCCGAAAAGAGUAUGCUGUCCAAGUUAAAACAAGAGUGCGGCGGGGGAUUCACGUCGAAGCUGGAGGGCAUGUUCAAGGACAUGGAAUUGAGCCGGGAUAUCAACAUUGCGUUCCGUGGACACGCGCUUAGCAACAAUCGCGAUGUUCAUAACUUAGACUUAUGUGUCAGUAUUCUGACCAUGGGAUAUUGGCCUACUUAUGCGCCCACGGAAGUCACAAUGCCGCCACAGUUUAUUAAUCCGCAGCAGAUUUUUAAUAAGUUCUAUCUUGAAAAGCACAGCGGUCGUAAGUUGCAAUGGCAACCUACACUGGGGAACUGCAUGCUGCGUGCUCAGUUUGAUGCGGGCCCAAAAGAGUUAUUGGUAUCGCUGUUUCAAGCUCUUGUUCUGCUACUGUUUAACGAUAAGGCGGCUCUAAGCUACGAGGAGAUUUUGGCUGCCACUCUUAUUGAGGACGGAGAAUUGCGUCGAACACUACAAUCUCUCGCUUGUGGUCGGGCCCGCGUCAUAACGAAAACACCGAAAGGUCGCGAAAUUUUGGACGGCGAUCAGUUUGACUUUAACAAUGAGUUUACAAACAAAUUGUUCAGAAUCAAAAUCAACCAAAUACAGAUGAAGGAGACGAAUGAGGAGCAAAAGGCGACGGAGGAGCGCGUUUUCCAGGAUCGUCAGUAUCAAAUUGAUGCGGCUAUUGUGCGCAUCAUGAAAAUGCGAAAAACAUUAAGUCACAAUCUGCUCAUCACUGAGCUGUUCAAUCAGCUCACCUUCCCCGUCAAGCCUGCUGACUUAAAGAAACGCAUCGAAUCGCUCAUUGAUCGCGACUACAUGGAACGGGACAAGGAUAAUCAAAACCAAUACAACUAUGUGGCAUAAAUAGCCAUUGCUUCUGUGAACUCCGAUUCGAUUGUAACUCGUUCUAUAUACCAUACGCAUACAUACUAACAGUCCAAUUAAAUUUUUGGAAUGUCUCUGGUCUGGUCAGCCAAGUUCAGAAAGUUGCAGCUAUAAUUUUGUUUCUACUAAAAAGUUGAACGAACCUCAAGCUGAUGGUAGAAUAGUUGCUACAGUUCUUUUUGUAAGUUACCUUAUCAACCAAUAAAUUAAGCGUUUAAUUUACAAGCAGUGUCCUUUGGAAGAGGUCAUCGCCAUUGAAAAAUAGCCUCAGCAAUAUUAAAAUGUCCUCGAACCGGAAAAAGAACCAAGCGUUCAAUAAACUUAUUUAUUGGACUAAUUGUAUUUGGUUUAUUUUAAUUGAUAAUUCUUCUUCAAUUAACAAUAAAAGUGACACUUGCAGGCUAAAUUUCUAAAGAAAAUAUUUAAAUAAUUGUAACUCGUACUCGUAACUCUGUAUGCAAAACGGAUACGCAUAACUUAAUAGUUUUUUAUUUACCAUAAAUAAAAAAAUUACGUGAAAAUAUAAUAA